AUGGUUGGUUUCUCUUUAAAGAAGAAAGAUGAAGGUUCAAAGCAAGGUUUUUCAGGGUUCAAGCUAAAGAAAGACACAAACAAUCUGCCUAAAAAGUCAAAUAAACCAUUUGGUUUUGCUAAAGAGGAAGAUGAAGAAGUUAAAGAACAAAAAAUUGAUACAUUUGAUACUAAUGAAGGAGGUGCAUUCAACAAAGAAGAAGGUCCUAUAACUAAAGAGGGUCCACUUGUUAUUGAGAAUGAAGGAAACCAUCAAUGGAGAAACAAAGCACAACAAAGAUUCAACCCGACUGCUAAACCCACUACACAAGAGAGUGAAAAUUCAAAGCUAGAGUAUGGUAUAAACUACCUAGAGAAAUCUGCAGAUUCAAAGGCCACAGAUGAUAGUGGCAACCCUUCAACUCCAAUACACUCACAUGAACAAGAAACACUUUCGUUCAAAGAAGACGUUAAAUCACGUCCCGAGAUGGCCACCAUGGAAGAUUACGAAAGAAUACCAGUUGAAAGUUUUGGUGCAGCAAUGCUUCGAGGAAUGGGAUGGAAAGGUGAACAAAAUGAAGAGAAAGACGAAAAUAAGAAAGCUGUGAUACCUGUUGCUCAAAGAACUUUAUAUCUAGGGCUUGGUGCUAAAGACAACAAAUCAGAUGGAGGUUUAAAGCCAAUUGAUAAGACUUAUGUCCCUGUGAAGAUGAUCAAUCGUAAAACUGGUGAAGUUCACACUGAGGAAGAGAAAAGACCAAAUUCUAGAAAUAGGGAAAGAAGUCCUGUAAGAUCGAGUAGUUCAAAUUCCUACAGAUCAAGAAAUUGA